UCAUGCUCUGAACACAUCAACCCGUCAUCUCAGAAACCAUGGCGACAUCAUCAACAACCUUGCUGAACUUGCCAACCGAAAUCCUCCGCCAAAUAACAAGCUAUAUCGACUAUCCAUCCCACCUCGCCCUCUCAUUCACCUGUCGCGAGCUCCAUGCCAGGGUGGAAGACCCCAAUUCACGACCACGACGCACCAUUUCCACCGGCAACGACAGACCCUACACCAUACAAGACCUCCUCGCCAUAGAGUUAUGGCCCGAAUUUGCACCGUCCCUCGGCGGCGACCGUGUCUCACGUCAGAUGCCCAGCAAAAACGACUUCUUCGCCUGCCGUUACUGCUGCAAGAUCCUCUCCGCCAUCAACUUCACUAACAGGCAUCUUAACCGCGCUUACUGGAAACGCGAUAGGGAUGAGGAGGAGACUAGGAGGAGAGAUCGGAGCGCCUGGCGCAUUUGUAUCCCGUGUGGGGCUGCGGGGAGGAUGCAUCCUAGAGAUAAGAGUUAUCCUUUUGGUGGGAUGUCGGGUGGAUAUGGGUUUACGUGCGUUGGGUGCGAAGGGUUUGUGCUGGAGCGGACGGGGUUUGAGGGUGAGAAGGUUAAUUUUACUUGUGAUACUUGUCGGGAAAGCAAUAGUGAGAAAAAAGAGCCGUUUUCUACUUAGAUAUAGUGGAUAUUUAAAUGAUUUACUCACAUGAAGCAUCACCAGAG